AUGGAGCUGCAGGACUUCGAGACUGUCGGAGCCCUCGGCGAGGGCAACUUCGGCUUGGUCCUGCUGCUGAGAAACAAGGAGACGCGAGCCGAAUAUGCCUUGAAGGGUCUAAACAAGCAACACCUGGAAGAGGCUGGACUAAACCUUCCAGUGCCAGUCGUUUCUCGAAGAACAGAAGCGAUUCCACAGAAGAAGAUGGUCAUCACGUUCGAACGGCGUGAUGGGACCGAAAAGGACGUGGAAUUCUUCCACAGACCGAUCGGCCUUGAAUGUAGUGGCACAGAGCCGAUCGUUGUGCAGCGUGUUCGCAAGAACACUGCGGCAGAGAAGGCUUUGGUUAGAGUCAACUGGGUGGUACGCGCUGUAGAUGGACUGCGGGCGCCAGCAGACUUGAUGUCUCUUAUGCAAGCUCGGGCCGGCGAGCUAGCUGAGGAGCCCAAAGCCAAUCAAGUCGUCUUGACCUUCACCCCACCCGACCAGAUGAAGCUCGUCGACGUGACCUUUCAGCACCAGCCCUGGGGCGUCAUGUUCACCAAAUCAGUGCCGGUGCGUGUCAAGGGCUGUCGGCCAGAGUCGUACAGCGAGCGACUGGGUGUUCAGAAGGGCUGGCACUUGGUUUCCGUGGACGGAGAGCAAUUGCCGGAGAGGAUGACUGAGAUCAUGCAGCUCAUCCAGGCUGUGGAUGUUGGAGGGUCAGAGAAGCAAGAAGGAAUGUUGAAGAACGAGCGCAACAUACUGUCGACUCUGGACAGCCCCUUCAUCAUUCAUUUGCAUGGGUGCUAUCACGACAACAAGUUCGUAUUCUUCCUCUUGGAGGUCGCUCUAGGUGGCGAACUCUUCGACCUCUACAACGAGUACGAUCUCUGGGGACGGACAGAUACAGCGCAGUUCUACGUCGCCUGUGUAGCCUUGGGACUUUCGCACAUUCACUCCAAGCACAUCGUCUGGCGCGAUUUGAAGCUGGAGAACUGCUUGGUUAACUCGCAGGGCUAUGCUAAGCUGACGGACAUGGGGAUAGCUAAGAUGGUCACGGGCAAGACCUACACUGUGUGUGGCACUGCGGACUACUUCGCACCUGAAACUCUGAAGCAGGUAGGUCACAAUCGAGCUGCCGAUUGGUGGGCCCUGGGGGUCAUGCUCUUCAUCAUGCUGGCCGGACAUAGCCCCUUCGAUGCCCCGGAGGUGACGCAGAUCUACAAGAACAUCAUCAAAGGUUUCAGCAAGGUGCAGUUCCCACCCGCUUUCCCGAAAGAGGCAGAAGAAUGCGUGCGAUCUCUGUGCCGAAAGAAGCCGGAGGACCGGCUGACGAUGCAGCGUGGUGGCAUCAGCAACUUGAUGCCUCUGAAUUUCUUUGAUGGUUUGAACUGGGAGGACGUCAAGGCAUUGACGAUGAAGCCACCGUGGAUCCCGCCAGAGCCGGACUACGACAAGAUCGCUGCCAGGAAACUGUCCCGACCCAUCGACAUCCAAUUUGAUGAGCUGAGCCUGUGGUUGUCACACGACGAUGUCCCGCAACUUCCUGGAGGGCUUUCUACCCACAGCCUUGAGAAUGGAGAGGAGGCUGGAAGGGAGCAUCUCGUGCUGCAGGUAUUGGAGCCCAUGCCCAUGCCCGAGGCGCCACGUGUCACUGUGGUGGGAAUGCACUCCGUUCUGGGCUCCAGCUCUGCGUCUCCACCACGGGCGGGGAGCGGUGGCAUCCGACGGCUCCGGCACCAUGCCGCGGACAUAGAGGCCGAUGUUCCGCGAGCCGGUGCCCUGGUCGCUUGCCUUUCGGCAGCACUGGAGUUGAGAGGAAGCCCUGGCUGCCAAGUGGUUUGCAGGGAAUCGGCCUUGUUGCCUGUCGGGCUUUGA